CGAAACUCAGUGUUGAAGGGUUGAUUGACCUGCCGACCUGAUCCACCGAUGACGGCUUCGUUGGAUGAAUUGAAGCAGGCCUUGAUUCAGACCUUGGAAACUCGCGGUGUCUUGGGACAGGUGAAGGCGAAGGUUCGCGCGGAGAUCUUCGCUGCUCUAGAUGACGAGAAGGUGCAGCGCCCGAACUUGCCACGUGAAAAUGCGUUGAUCAAUGAGCUGAUCAGGGAAUACUUGGAGUACAACGGGUACUAUCACACAUUGUCUGUGCUCUUACCAGAAACUGGCCAUCCAGAGGAGCGGCAAUUUGGCCGGAACUUCAUGGCAUCCGAGUUGCGAAUCCGAGAGGAUGAAAGCAGCAGGGCGCUUCCGUUGAUCUAUGGCCUGGUUCGAGCAGAAGCAGCCCGUAUCGAGGAAAGCCCUCCUGGUCCUGCUGACGAGCUUCCCAUGAGACUCAUCCGAUUUGCCACAUCUUUCAAUCUUUUCGAUUUGCCAUGUUCUUCAAAUUGCAUUUUCGACCUGUUACGCCUCCUUUCGCAGGUUGUCCAGUUGUCGGCUUCUCUCAUCCGCUUCGCUUCACUAUCGGUUUUGAAUCCAGUGUUUCGCACACAAGAGUUUUAAGGAAGGACAAUUUGCAGUUGCCAGGCGAUGAAUUUGCAGAUUCCGCCCGUGAUGCUCGACCCCUUGACAUGCAUUCUAGAGACUUGUUCGUUUGAUUGCCCUCUGGACCUUCAGGUGGAUGUGGAGCAUUUACGACCCAUGAUCAUACGGGCAAACGAUUAAGGGUACUGCUUGGAAAUGAAGAGAUGAGAUUCUGAGCAUGGAGAGAUUGACUCACAUUUUCAUGAUAGGACAGUAGGUCUAGUGGGUGGUGUAGCUCACGUCCACAAGUGACAUUCAGUGAGCUUGUUGCUGGAGCUGCAACGGGGUGCAAUGGGGUGCAACGGAACAAAAUGGAACGCGGCGUCGAUCCUGUGCGAAGAUUCUUUCGAAAGUAUACUGUUGCACUCGUGGUAUAGAUAUGCUGUAGGAGAUACGAAGCCACAAAGCAAAAGAGGACAAGAAGGAACGGCAAAGAAAGAAACGAAAGCAAAAGAAACAUACAGCAACAGAAGAAAGACGG